AUGCUGCGUCAUUGUUUUGUCCAGAUUCGGUUUAGGCCGGGACUGGAGCUGCCUUAUCGCCCAUCACUCCAACUCCAAAUCCAACUUCCGCAUCACCCUCUGUCUGUCCUUAUCCAUGGAGCUCUCCCGAGCUUCCAAUACAUUAUAACUCUCACCAUGGCUCCCGCACUCGAAAUAUCAAUCCCAACAACUACAACCUCAACCACCUCACCUCCCCACACAAUCUAUAAUAUCACCCUCCGCCUCCCGCUUCGCUCUUUUGCCAUCUCAAAGCGUUAUUCCGACUUCACAACCUUCCACGCCAACCUAGCAUCUCAAACAAACAGUGCACCCCCUGAUCCGCUCCCUGCCAAAUCCUGGUUCUCAAACACAGUAUCUAACACCGAACUCCGCGAAUCCCGGCGCCAGGGUCUCGAGUCUUACCUCCGCGCCAUCAACGAAGCAUCUGACCCUCGAUGGCGCAAUUCCCCCGCCUGGCGCGCAUUCCUAAAUCUACCUAGCCUGGGUACUAAUAAUACCAAGAAUAACGACAGCGCCACUGCUUCGUCCGCUCGUCUCCACGCAGCAGCAACAGGGCCCGGCGGAACAGGAGGAGAGCCGAUUACAGACCCAACAUUAUGGCUCGACUGCUACCGGGAUUUAAAAUCGCAUCUGCACGACGCAAGACUCCAUCUUACGCGACGGGAUCAGGAGACGACACCGCAGAGGCAGCAUGAGAGUUCGGCGCGGGCGAAGAGCUCUCUUGUGCGUGCGGGGUCGCUGAUUUCGGCUCUAGAGGACGGAUUGAAGAGGAUAUCUGAGAGCAGCACGAAUGGAAAUGGCAGUGGGCGUCAUAGCUUUGCCUCUUCUAGCUCACUUGGUGAAGGCGAAGUCCGCCGGCGGAAGGACCUUUUUAUUAAUGCUCGGAAGGAGAAAGAUGGGCUCGAAGAUCUAUUGAAUGCCAUGGCGGCGAAGAGUAGGGUGGAUAACGCCGUUGCGUCGAUCAAGGAUAAGGAGGCGCUUGUUGGGAGUGCUAGUGCCGCAGGGAGGAAACCCGCAAGGUCGGGGAGGGUUCUUGGGAAAGAGACAGAGCGAACUCGAGAGUUGGAUAACCAAGGCGUCUUGCAAUUGCAGCGGGAUAUAAUGCAGGAUCAGGACAUGAGCGUGGGAGAAUUGAUGAAAAUCGUGCAGCGGCAGAAGGAGCUGGGGAUUCAGAUUAAUGAAGAGUUGGAGGUGCAGAAUGAGAUGCUCAGGUUGGUGGAUGAGGAUGCAACAAGACUCGACCAGAAGGUCAACGUUGGAAAGAAGAGACUGGGGAAGAUCUCAUAA